AUGCAGCAGCCAGCAGCUGGUGACAGGAGCACAGCCAUUCCCUCACUGUAUCCAUCCCAGGCCAGCCUGACAGCUGACUCAUACUAUAUAUACCGUGUCAUUGAGGAUCCCGAGUGGUCACUCGCCACUGUCCCCCACCUCACUGAGCUCUGCCUCCAGCACAUCAUUCACAAUUUUGAAAAGAACCCUAUUUUGGACCAUCUUCUGCCUGAGCACCAAAGGAAGGUGCUGGACAGGCUCUCCACUGACCUUCCACUUGCUGUGACUGCCAACCUAAUAAGCGAUGAGGACUACUGGAAGAGGUGCUGCACUGAGCGCUGGCAAGCAUGUGACAUCUCCAACUAUGGAGACAGCUGGAAACAGAUGUUCUUCGAACGUCACCUGGAGAACAUCCUGAGAUGUUUCAUCCCUAACACCACAGACCCCAACCAGGUCCUAGAGCUCAUCCCACUCUGCAAAGACUACGUGCGGAAACUAGAGGUUGAUCAGUUCCUGCCACCAGUGCAGAUGGAUCAAAAGGAGGAGAGGGAUGACCUCUCCAAUACAGGGAGUGAUUUUGGAUUCGGUGAGGUCUCCAUACAUCACUAUGACCUGGGAGUCCUCAUUACUGCUCUCCCUCACCUUGAAGAGCUUCAUCUCACUUAUGGCGUGAAGGACUGUGGCAUGAACUUCGAGUGGAACCUCUUUAACUUCACCCACCAGGACUGCUGCAACCUGGCUGUUGCCGUGAAGAUGUGCCACAACUUGAAAGUUUUCAAGCUGACACGAAGCAAAGUGGAUGAUGACAAGACCAGGCUGCUGGUCCGUAACUUGCUGGAUCACCCCUGCUUGGUGGAGCUGAACUUGUCCCACAAUCUCAUCAGGGACAAGGGGGCACAAGCUGUUGGCAAGUUGAUCAACCACAGCAGAUUACAAACCCUUGAUCUGUGUAACAACCAGAUCCGUCACCUGGGGGCUCAGGCUCUUGCUCGAGCCCUGGCUGAGAACUCCACUCUGACCUCCCUCAACCUGCGCCUCAACUGCGUGGAGGACAAAGGCGGGGAAGCAAUCGGCCGUGCCCUGCUAACCAACACCACCCUGAAGUCCAUCCAUCUGGGAAGUAAUAACCUGUCAGAGCCAACUGCUAUGCUUUUCUCCCAGGUCUUGGCUCAGAACACCUCCCUGACGAGCAUCAACUUCUCAUGCAACCAUCUGGGGCUGGAUGGCGGGAAGCAGCUGCUUGAAGGGCUGGCGGAUAACAAGGCUUUGACCGAGUUCAACCUCCGCCUGGCAGAGGUGGGCCAGGAGACCGAGUACCUCAUUCACCAAAUUGUGUGGGCCAACCGGGAAGCGGCGAGGCUGGGGUCUCUGCAGCACCCCUCUGCCAAACCCAUCUGA